AUGAGGAUUGAAAGGGUUGCAUUCAGAAUGAGCAUCCUAGGAAAGAAGGACCAUAAAGACAAGAGGAAUGCCCUAUUACAAAACUACGAGACAAGGAAUAAAAAGGAUAUGCACUGCGAAGACGGGAAAAGUAAAAUGCCACUCAAGGGAUCAGUUCCAAUUUUUAACAAGUUACCAAAGAUUUUGAAAGGAGGAUUUAGGAAGUUUCAAAAAGGGAGUGAAGAACACGUGGACCCAGACUCCGUCACCUCCAAGCUCACGUCCGACGGCGUCCUGCAGGUGACUGCGCCCAGGAGGGAGGCCCUCCCCGCCCCCAAGGAGAACGUCCGGCACAUCACCAUCACCCAGAGCGACCACCCUGCCGUCAAGGACGCCGCGGAGGAGGCGCAGACCGUCCCACCCAACGACAAUAAGGCGGAGGAGCCAGUCGUCGGCAAGGACAAGAGAGAGUCGAGCAUUGCAAGUGAUGCUGUGGUUGUUGGAGCCUGAUACUCUAAAUCCUAGUUUUAUCGUACAAUAACGGUGUCCUUACGAAACCUAUUUAUUAUGUAAUUCUAUUCCUUCGACCUAUGUUAAUCUCAAGUUUUCAUUUCCUAUUGAGACUGAUUUGUGUUUUAUGUCUGAAAUAUUUUGUAAACUCAUAUUAUUUAUUUGAAGAUGUCGCUUCUAGUGGCAAGAGCAUUUAUGCCAUUUUGUGAUAAAUAAACCCCUAAAUUUAA